AUGGUUCGCCUGACCGACCUGUUGGCUCAGCCCAAUCCAUCGGGCGAAGACGUCGAAGCUGUCCUCGAAUAUCUCGUCACGAAACGACAAGCUCUCUACGACCUUGAUCGCUCCAUCUUGGAGGCAACCCCAGAAGACGAGUUGGACGCAGAACUCAGCGGCGCAUUGGAAUACGAACAGAACCUCGAAGAGGCCAUCGCACGAGCACGUCGGUCGCUGCGACACAUCCCGACUUCGGCGCCCGUUGUCCAGCAGCGCUCUGAUGCCUCGAAGUCUGUCGCACUUCCGAAACUCCAGAUCCCAAAGUUCUCCGGCAAACUUCAGGAAUGGCAACAAUUUUGGGAGCAUUUCGACGUGUCAAUUCAUUCCAACCAGGCGCUAGCCGCUGUCGAGAAGUUCAAGUAUCUAGCGUCCUACCUAGUCGACGACGCGAGGCGCACUAUCGAAGGCAUACGCAUCAAUGGGGACAAUUACCCCACCGCCAUCGCGGCCCUCAAGCACAGGUACGGCCGGCCAGGUUUAUUGACGUCCGAGCACAUCGACGCGCUACUAGCUCUUCGUCCGGUGACUUGUUCUGGACAGGUGUCCCAGUUAAGGCAUCUACUUGACGAGGUCUCCUUUCGCACGUCUGCGUUGGCUGCGUUGGACGUUCCCAAGGAGCACUACGCCGUUAUCCUUGAACGCGUCAUCACGCGGUGCCUUCCCGAGGACCUUUGUGUGCUCUUUCGUCAACGAAGGGUAGAUGCGACCGAUGCCUCACGUCGAGAACGCGGCGGCGACGAUGCUACCGAUGCCUCACGUCGAGACCGCGGAGGAGGUGGCGCAGUAGAUACGCCGACGGAAAACGUCGAGGCUCUUAUCUCCUUUCUCAAAGUCCAAGUCGAGACGCGGGAAGAAGUUGCCUUAACUCGUGCAACCGGUCAGGCCUCCCAGCGUCCGAGCCGAAGUCCAAGCAUUCUCCCUAGCCCGGCGACUGCCUCAGCCCUAGCAGCGACGAGCGGGCGUUCUCCGGGGCUAAUGGAUCAUCAGCUACGUCCGAGUUCUCGGCCACCGUCUGACUCGUGCCCAUUGUGUGGGUCCACCGAUCACCCGCUUCAGUCCUGUACAGUCUAUUUGUCCCCCGCCGACAAGAAGCUACGUAUAUCUCGAACAGGCAGAUGUUUUCGAUGUGGGAAACCUGGUCAUCCUUCAAGACUGUGCAGAACGGCAGCGCUGUUGUCCUGCGCCACUUGCCACGGCCGGCACCUUUCUGUACUGUGCGACAUCCAGAGGCGUGAUGCCCCGCAGCGCACCAGCGAGACACCCGUUUCUCAAUCGGGGAGGCAGAAUUCGACUCCGCAACCCCUCAGCCGAACUACGACAUCACUAGCCUCAAGUCUGCAGAAUACUGGGGGAAUUGCUCGGCUGCAAACUGCUACAGUGUGGGCGUCUGGCCCGGCGGGCAGAAGGCAAAUUCGCAUCCUCCUCGACACCGGAAGCCAGCAGACGUUCAUUCGACGUGACCUUUUGCAGCAGCUGAGGUGCGAGGUCGAGGGUGAAGAGAGUUUGUCUGUAUUCUCAUUUGCGGCGACGCAUCCCAAGCAUUACCGCUGCGAGCAGGUCACGGUGCGCCUCGAAUCCCUCUUCGAAAGCGACUCCGUUGCCGACUUAACGGCUCUUGGCGUCGACGACCUUUGCCACGUCGUUGUUCCUCCAUUGGGCAUCAAGACAAUCAGGGUGAUGCAAGAGCGCGGCUUGCCGUUCGCUGACACAUGUCACACCGCAGAGAUUGGAGUGUUGGUGGGAGCAGACUACUAUUGGAAGGUAGUCACCGGUAAUGUCGAACGCCUCGCUACCGACCUCAUAGCCGUUGAAACCAUCUUCGGAUGGAUUGUACAGAACGUCGGUGGUCCCGUCCGUGGGACGAUAUCAUCGUUGGUGUCAGUCUUCUUCCUCGCACACGAAGAUCAGGAUCACUUCGAGAGUAUUGACCCGUCAGAGAUGUGGCGUCUGGACGCCCUCGGUAUUGCCGACCACGUUGCCGGCGACGACGACUCCGUCGCCUCACUUUGCUUCUCAAGUCAAGUAGAAAAGCGUAAUGGCCGCUAUGUGGUUCCACUUAUGGUUAAGGGCUCUGGACUUCCAGCCGAAGCAAACAACCGGGUAACGGCCGCGCAGCGGCUGGUCGCGCAGUUGCGGCGUUUUCGUACUUCCCCGCAGCUACUUCACAAUUACGAUUCCGUCAUUCGGGAAUACUUUGACGAGGGUCAUGCCGAACGGGUUGCUGAUGUUUCGAACCAAACCGACAACGUGUACUACAUGCCCCAUCACGCCGUGAUCCGGAAAGACGCCGUAACGACGAAGCUCCGCGUCGUCUUCGAUGCCUCGUCUCACUGCCCCGGCCAACCGUCUCUAAACAGUCUCCUCAUGAAAGGACCCAAGCUGAACGCCGACCUCAUACAUCUAUUACUAGUGUUUCGCUGCAGCACCGUCGUCCUCACGGCAGAUAUAAGAAAGGCGUAUCUACAAAUCAGUAUUCGAACAGAUGAUAGAGAUCUCCUCCGCUUCCUAUGGGUGCAGGACGUCGCCGCCCAUGAGAGCCCGCAGAUUGAGGAGUGGCGCAUGACCAGGGUCCCCUUCGGCGCCACAUCCAGCCCUUUCUUGCUGGCGGCAACGUUACAGCAUCAUCUCGCUUCCGUGGCCUCUCGAUACCCGAUGACUGUUCCACGGCUUUGUACAGGGUUCUACGUCGACGAUUUGGUUGUGGGAUGCACGUCAGAACCCGACGCCCUUCAAGUGUAUGGCGACACCAUUGACAUACUCCAGGAAGCCGGUAUGGAUAUACGGAAAUGGACUUCAAAUUCAUCCGCACUUCGCGAGCGGUUUCUGUCGGACGAGGUUUCCUACGACAACGCAUCCGAUGGCAACGCAACAAUCAAGGUGCUGGGCUUGUUGUGGGACCGGGACACAGAUAGUCUCACCUUUUCGGUCAAACGAGCACUCACGUUGUCUGCGUCCCAUCCUCCUACGAAACGUACGGUGCUCAAGACAUUCUCCCUCAUCUAUGACCCGCUCGGCUAUCUCGCACCCUUCAUCGUAACCGCCAAGCUCCUGUUUCAAAAUUUAUGGCGCAAGUCGUUGCCAUGGGACGCUGAGUUUGCAACGGAAGAUCUUGUGGUCUGGGAGAAAUGGAAGGCUGAACUGUCAGGCAUCGAUGCGUUGCACCUGUCGCGUAGCGUCUUUCCGGAGAGCAAGGCCCUGCUUGAUGUGCAUUGCUUCGCCGACGCUAGUCCCAAGGCCUACGGCACAACAGUAUACGUUCGCAGCCGCCCCAAUAACGGCACGACUUCUACGCGGUUGCUUUUAGCGAGAGCCCGCCUAGCUCCAUUGAAAGAACUCUCGUUGCCGCGUCUCGAACUGCUGGCAUGCCUGCUGUCCACGCGUCUUUAUCGCCAUAUCUCGACGGUAGAAGCCUUAAAGGUUGCCCCCGUUCACCUCUGGACGGAUUCAAGCAUCGCGCUCCAAUGGAUUCAGUGCGACACGAACACUCGCCCCUCCUUUGUCAAGUCGAUGGUGGCAAAAAUCUUAUCGUCUUCACGACCGGAACAAUGGCGGCACUGCAACGGACGCGACAACCCCGCAGACCUAGUGACCCGCGGCAUCUCCGCCAGGUGCCUACGGAACAGCCCGCUGUGGUGGAGUGGUCCUCCCUGGCUGUCCGCAGGCGAUAUCGGCCCUCCUACAAUUCCAGACCCAAAUGGCAACGACACCUGCACGACGGUGAGCGCUGCACCGGAAGCUCCCGAUACCGAAGUGGUCGUUCAUCCAGUGUCGGCCACGCAGAACUGGAUGGACCUCUCAGCUUAA